GGUAUAGUUCUUAUCUUUACUUCUUUAGGCUUCCCUCCACAAAACCUUUAAAACAAAAAGAUUUCUGCUUUCUAGCGUAGCAUAUCUGUUGCUAUGGCAGCAGCCCCAACUCCGAUAACUUCAAUUCCUCCUUCAAAACCCAGUGGAAAAAUCUCAACGAUUGAGCCUAUAAACCCACCACAAAACCCUCUUUCUCUUCUACCCAAAUGCGCCUCUUUGAGAGAAGUGAAGCAAAUCCAAGCCUUUGCAAUCAAAACCCAUCUCCAAAAUGACAUCACUUUCCUUACCAAACUCAUCAAUUUCUGUACCAAGAACCCAACUUUUACCUCCAUGGAAUAUGCCCACAAAGUAUUUGACAAAGUUUCCCAACCUGAUAUUGUCCUUUUCAACACCAUGGCUCGUGGCUAUUCCCGUUCAAAUACCCCAACCCAAGCCAUCCCCCUCGUUUCUCAGCUUCUUUCCUUUGGUUUCCUGCCUGAUGACUACACUUUCCCAUCUGUUCUUAAAGCUUGUUCGAGUUCUAAAGCCUUGGAAGAAGGUAAACAAAUUCAUUGCCUUGUGAUUAAGCUUGGGCUUAAUCAUAACAUUUACAUAUGUCCAAGCCUUAUUAGUAUGUAUACUGAGUGUAAUGAUUUGGAUUCGGCUCGGAGAGUCUUUGAUAAGAUGUUGGAUCCUUGUGUUAUUUCUUACAAUGCUAUUAUUACUGGUUAUGCUAAAUGUAGCAGACCAAAUGAGGCCUUGUCGUUGUUUCGUGAAUUGCAAGUUAAGAGUUUGAAGCCUACUGAUGUUACCAUGUUAAGUGUUCUGUCUUGCUGUGCUUUAUUAGGAGCGUUGGAUUUGGGGAAGUGGAUACAUGAAUAUGUUAAUAAACACGGGUUUGAUAAAUAUAUUAAAGUAAGCACCGCGAUUAUUGAUAUGUAUGCAAAGUGUGGCAGCUUGGAGGACGCAGUUUGUGUGUUUGAGAACAUUACUUUAAGAGAUACACCAGCUUGGUCAGCGAUGAUCGUGGCAUUUGCAACUCAUGGGAAGGGUUAUAAAGCCAUAGAAACGUUUGAAGAGAUGAGAAAGGCAGGGGUGCAACCUGAUGAGAUCACAUUUUUGGGCCUCUUAUAUGCUUGUAGUCAUAAUGGACUAGUGGAGGAAGGUUGGGGGUGUUUUUCUAGUAUAACCAAUAAGUAUGGCAUUGUUCCUGGUAUUAAGCAUUAUGGGUGUAUGGUGGAUUUACUUGGUCGAACAGGACGCAUAGAUGAGGCUUAUAAGUUCAUUGAUGAAUUGCCUAUCAAGCCUACACCAAUACUAUGGCGAACAUUGUUAGCUGCUUGUAGUAGUCAUGGUGAUGUGGAAUUAGGAAAGAGGGUGAUUGAACGAAUUUUUGAAUUAGAUGACUCUCAUGGUGGAGAUUAUGUAAUCUUGUCCAACUUGUGUGCAAGAGCUGGGAGAUGGGAAGAUGUGGAUUUCCUUAGGAAAUUGAUGAAAGAUAGAGGGGUGGUAAAGGUUCCUGGUUGUAGCUCUAUAGAGGUGGACAAUGUGGUGCAUGAAUUCUUCUCUGGGGAUGGGGUGAAUACUGUUUCAACAUCUCUGCAUAAGGCGCUCGAUGAGUUAAUGAAGGAAUUGAAGAUGGUUGGCUAUGUACCUGAUACUUCUCUAGUUUUUCAUCCAGAAAUGGGAGAAGAAGAGAAAGAAAUUUCACUUAGAUAUCAUAGUGAAAAACUGGCCAUUGCGUAUGGGCUGUUAAACACUCCCCCUGGAUCAACAAUUCGUGUGGUGAAGAACCUCCGGGUCUGUGGGGAUUGCCAUGCUGCUGCUAAACUCAUAUCGCAAAUAUUCGAUAGGCAGAUAAUUCUCAGAGAUGUCCAACGAUUCCAUCACUUCAGAGAUGGAAAGUGCUCUUGUGGCGAUUUCUGGUAACACAGAUCAUAAAACUCAAAUGUGUAAUCAUCACUGGUGAAGAACAACCUCCCAAUGUUGCCUUGUUGGAGAACUACUACCAACUACUACAAUGUUCCAGCUGAAGAUUAAUUGGCCAUGAUUUGUGUCACCCAAGGACUAAAGAGCUGCCUAGGUUGAUUCCAGUUCCAGUUAUUUGUCUUCCAUAAGCCAUAUUUGGUCAGUGGCAAACUUAGCUACUGUUGUACAGCAUUCCUGAUGUUGAGCUGGAUUAGUAACUAAUUAGACCUUUUUUUUCCCUUGUAAUAAUAAGGAAAAGUUAUAAUAUGUAAU